CGCCGGCAUCGGCUCGCUCGAUCCACUCUAUGCGACGAGGCCGUCGCUUCUGUAGCACCGCUGCGACGUCGCGCCUGGUGUCGAAGAUCGGCCGCCCUACGAGCGCCCUCUCGACCGAGCGCAGCCUCGACUUCCUGCGGGCAAAAGGCCUUGACGCCGAGGAUUUGCUUCUCGUUUCGACUCUCGUGAAGACGAACGCAGGGGUCGAGUCGAUCGAUGUGUCCGGCAACGGCUUCGGCGCCGGCGGUGCGGAGUCACUCGUCGCCAUCGUGCGAUCUUCGCCACAGCUCUCGAAAUUAGACGCGAGUCAAAACAACCUUCGCGCCAGCGCCGCUCUGCUCGCGGAGGCUGCCGCGGCGCAUGGUUCGCUGCGCUCGCUGGCGAUGUCGGCGAACGCGAUCGGUGCCUCCGCCUGCACCGCCAUCGGAGAGGCGCUCGCAGCGGCGGCGGGGGGGAGCGGCCUCGCGGAGCUGAACCUCUCCCACAACGCCUUUGGGCGGGCGGGAGGAGGCCUCGCCGCUGUCCCAGGCCUCUCCUCCCUCCGCCUCGCCUCGUGCGCUGUCGGAGCCGCCGGUACGACUGAGCUGGCGGCAGCCCUGGCUGCGGGCAGCACCUUGCGCCGGCUCGACUUGCACGAGUGCCACUGCGGUGCGGACGGCGCGGCGGCGCUGGCUGAGGCGCUCACCUCUGGAGUGGCUCUCGUCUCGCUCGACUUGUCCGACAACAACAUCGGCGACAAGUCGGGCCUCGGCUCCUCCGGCGUGAGUGCGGACGCGGCGGUCGAGGCGCUGGCUCGCUGCUUGCGGAGCAGCGCCUCUCUGCGAGAGCUCGACUUGCGCCUCAACGGCUUCGACGCCGUACACCUCGAGGAGCUCGCCGCCGCGGCGAGAGAAGGGGACGGGAAGCGGAGAGAGCCCAUCGAGCUGCGCCUCUGAGAGUGGGCGCUAGAGAGCGCGAUUCUCCCCGGUGAGGGAGUUUCCUCUGCUCUGUCGUGCUGCUGUGGCGUGCGCCCGCGCGCGUCGUGACGUCGCGCAUGAUCCGCGACGAUUUCCCUGCCCGUUCUUUAUUUCCACACAUUACAUGUGAAGGUUUGCGUGUUGAUGUUGAUUGUCGCAUGUCGGCGAGCGCAGAGAGAGAGAAAAGGAAAGCCUGCGUAAAUUGC